AUUACUGAAAUUUGAAACCCACCAACCCAACUCAGUUCACUCACCACAACAUGCCUCACUGGAUUGGCGCAAAAUUGAGGCUAAUUUCACGCCAAACUUCGAAUCCAUGGCAGCCUCGAAAAUUCCGAUCAGACGCCGCGCUGGAAGCGAUAGCGAAAGCGGCUGAAGAGAAAGUCCGAACCGUGGCGCUUUACAACUACCCCUCAUUUUCCGGCGCAAUCUCCGCUCUCUUCUCUCACCUCUACCACUCUCGCCUUAAUCUCUCUUGCCUUAUCUUGCCUUUCUCCUCCGUUGAACCUCUCAGGGUCGAAGAUUUUUGCUUUGAAGGACAGGGACUAGACAAGUGUUAUCUUCUCGACUUCGCCGGUCCAAAAGGAUUUGCGACAAUGCUUUCACAGCAAUCAAUGUGCGAAGUGAUAGCCUUUGAUCAUCGAAAGACGGUAUUUUCACAAAUCAACUCCUCUGGAGAUCUCAGAGUUACAUUCAAUCUUAACCUUGAGAAGAGUAGCUCUAUUGCUGUAUACGAGUAUUUUUCUAAUAAGCUUGCGACUAUGAUGUCUCUUGAUGUGGGGGUUGCCAAUUUGUUGAACUCAGAAGACCGAGGUCGUGUUGAAAAUGUUCUGAAAUAUAUUGAAGAUGCAGAUCUUCGUAGAUGGAGCUUACCAGAAAUUAAAGCUUUUAUGAUUGGAAUUGGUGAAUUGCGUUCCAAGUUGAAUUGCAUCACGAAUCCAUACAUGUAUGAGCAGUUACUUGGGAUCAGUUCUACUGAUUUGAUUGCUAAGGGAAAUCUGCAUAUUUCCUCUCGCCAAAUAGCUGCAAACAAGUUUCUGGAUAAGACAUUUAAAGUUCGAUUGGGCCGAGGAUUGUAUGGGGAGUGCCUGGGAGUUAGAGCAGAUGGAAACUCUCAUUUAAGCGAUGAAAUUGGCAAGCAACUUAGCCUAAAAAGCGCCACUGCGGGUCUAAGGCCCAUAGGAGCUGUUAUAUACAUGCAAAGGAAAAAUCUGAAGAUGUGCCUAAGAAGCACGGACAUUACAACCGACACAUCUGAAGUUGCAAAGGCAUAUGGCGGGGGUGGGUGCCCAAGUUCCAGCUCCUUUAUAAUAAGAAUGGAUGAGUAUAACGAGUGGCUGGCGGGAAACCUGUGAAGGUGGAUUUGAUUUAAAGAUGGAGAUGCUAGACGAUAGACGAUUCCCUAAAAUGCAUCUAAAUUUGCAACGCCUCCUGCAGGUAAU